AUGACGUCGACCGCGACGAUGACGGCGAGCGCGAGGGGCCGCGUCGCGUGCUCCCCGCGAGCCGCGCGCGCUCCCCUGUCGGGACGGCACGGGUGGCGACCGAGGCUGAACCGCGCUCGAGGUUCGUCGCGACGGCGCGCGCGCCUCGCCGCCGUGGUCCUCGCGUCGAGGCGAGGAGACGCGCCCGCGGGGGGAUCCGGAGAGACCAGGAGGCUGAAGAUAUUCAGCGUCAACGACGGUGAGCGAAGAACCGCGCGCGGAGAGACGCGACGCUUCGUUGGGAAUCUCAUCAAUCCGCGCGUCCCGGCCCGAACGGCUCGCGAGGGGAUCCCUCCCCGUUCGAUGGGGAUGGAGAAGGUGUACGAGCUGCACAAUCUCUCGGCGCUGCGUUGCUUCAUCCAGGACAACCUCGAGCCCGGCGAGGAGUUUUUGUGCACGCUGAACGGCGAUUUCCUGUCCCCGUCGCUGCUCUCGUCGCUCGACCUCGGCGCCGCGGCCGUCUCCGCCAUGAACGCCGUCCCGGUGACGCACGCGUGCCUGGGAAACCACGAGUUCGACCACUCCAUCGAGGUGCUCGGCCAGAGGCUCGCCGAGCUCGACUGCGACGUCGUCAACACCAACGUGUUCGCGUGUCCCCCGGGCGAGGAGGACGCGUCCGCCGCCGCCGCGGCGGCGGCGCUCGCGUCCGAAGCGUCCGUCCCUCACCCCGAACUCUCCGUCGGUCGUCGUCGUCGCGGCGGCGGCGGCGCGGCGGAUGGGGAGGAGGACGGGGGGGAGGACGUGGAGGAGGACGUGGAGGAGGAGGCGACGAGCGCGUUCCUCGACCGCCUCCCGCGUUCGCGCGUGGUGACCGUCGGGAACGUCACCGUCGGCCUCAUCGGCGUGUGCACCACGUCAACGCCGCUGUCCUCGGCGCGUAAACCCCGAGGCGUGGUCUUCGCCGACGCCGUCCCGGUCGCGAGGGAACACGCCAAACGCGUCGCGCCCCUCUGCGACGCCGUCGUGGCUUUGACGCACCAGACCCUCCCCGAGGACGCGAGGCUCGCGGAGGAGGUUCCCGAGAUUGCGGUGAUCCUCGGCGGUCACGAGCACACGCCGUUCGCGGGGAGGAUGGGCCACGGCGCGAACGCGGCGGCGAGCGUCGGACGGUCGUCGGACACGGAAUGCGUCAACGAUCUCGCCGGGACGCUGUGCGUCAAGGCGGGCAUGGACGCGGAGAACGUCGUGGUGGUGGUGGUGGAGGCGCCGGGCGCGGACCCGAGCUCGACGAUCGGCGCGGACAGGGGCGGGGAGUGCACCGCGGAGGCGGCGGCGGCGGCGGCUGCGGCGGCGGCGGCGACUGAAGCGGCGACUGAGGCGUCGGCGGCGGGGAGGAAAAACAGGGACGAUUUCGGUGAGGGCGGUUUGUGGAGGAACAACGUCGUCGCGGACCCCGGGUCGGCGCCGGCGGAACGGACGACGACGACGACGACGGACGACGACGACCGACCUUCGUGCGCCGACCCCGCGCCCUCGACGAACGUCGCGUUGAACCACGGGCACGCGCACGACCUCCACGUCGCGCCCGCCUCCGUCGCGCCCGGCGCCGAGAUUGGCACCGAGGUGACGGUCCGCCGGCCGGGCUCCGGCGUCGUCGUCUCGGCGCGGAUGUACUCGCUCAGGGGGUACAGGACGGACCCGGGAAUCGACGCGGACAUCUGGCGACGCAGCGAGGUGCUCAGGGGGCUGAAUCAGCACACGCUCAGCCUCCACGAGCACGCGGCGAGGCUCGGGUUAACGCCGUUAUCGUCCAGGGACGCUCGCGUCGCGCAGUGCUCGCUCGGCACCCUCUUCGCCACGAUCUUACGGGACGAGUGCCGCGCGGACGUGUGCCUGUACAACAGCGGCGGCAUCCGGGGUAACGUCGCGUACGGAGGCGAACCGUUGACGUACGGCGACCUCGUCGCCGAGGUUCCGUUUGAGAAUAACAUCGUCACGCUCGAGAUGUACGGCUCGGAGCUGUCCGCGGCGAUCGCCUUCUCCGAGGCGGAGCGCGUGCGCGUGACCCGCGCGGGCGGGAGCUGGGGUGGGUACCUCCAGUGGGACGCGGGCGUCGCGGUGUCGCGCGCGUCGUCGGAGUCGCCGGAUGAGUCCCCGGAGUCGCCGGAGUCGCCGGAGUCGUCGUCUGAAUCGUCGUCUGAGUCGUCGUCUGAGUCGUCGGGCGCGGGCGGCCGGGGCGGCGCCUCGGGUACGGCCGCCGGCCGGGAAGUCGACGUCGAUCCCGCAGAGGAGUCGUCGUGGCGCGUGGACGCCGUGUUCGGCGAGGCGUUCGACCCGAACCGCCGGUACCGCGUCGUGACGUGGGCCGGGUUGCUCGACGGCGCCGACGACAUCCCCGUGUUUCGAGACAUCGGCAGGAGGCUCGCCGCGGGGCUCGCGGACGACUGCGAGGAAGACGACGAGCAUUGCGAGCCCGCGACGGUGGCCAUCAGCGGCAGCGACGGCAUCCCGUUCAAGAACCUCGUCAUGCGACACCUCUGCCGCAGGCGGUGGCUCGAACUCGUCACCGCCUGCGGGUCCUUCGAAGCGCUCGACACCGACGGCGACGGCGCGGUGACCGCGUCCGACGUCCGAGACGCCCUUAUCAAACACACCCACUCGCUCUCCGCGGACCAGGAGGCGGAGGCGAUGGUCCGGUCGUUCGACGGCGACGGCGACGGGGCGCUCUGCGCGAGGGACGUGGACGAGCUCAUGGAACAUUUUCGUGGCGAGCGGUUCGAGCGUUCGGAGCGAUUCGCGGCGGAUCGCGCGAAGACGCAGGCGGAGGAGACGGCGAGGUUCGACGCGCUCGCCGCGGGCGGGGGCGGGGCGAAGGCGGCGAGGAGUGCGGGGUUCGCCAAAGACGCCCUCCGGCGGGGAGUGCGGGGUUCCGGGAAGUCGCGGGGCGAGGAGGUGCAGGCUCGCGGGACCCGCGCGAGGAGAGGCGGCGAGCUCUGA